GUUUACUUGUAGGGAUAAGCGGUUUUUGUACUUUUUUUUUGAUAAAUAUUGAUAUAUAAUGCUGUCGAAAGUAAUUUUAAUAAGUAUAUUAUAUAUCGAAUCAAUUCACAAUUUAAAAAGUGGUUGUGGAUGUACGAGCAACCGGGAAGAAUCAGAAUACUUCAGUGAAGAAACAAACAAUGUGAUACUAACAAAUGAUCAAUGCCCCAUUAAAAAUCAGUAUGUGGAUACGAAUUCUAGGAAACCCGCUGAAAUGAUUUUUAUACCGGCAGGUGCAUACCAAAUGGGUACCGACGACAUAGUCAUUGUUGACGACAUUGAAGGUCCAAGAAGAUUAGUUAAAUUAAAAAGUUUCUACUUAGACAAAUACGAAGUUUCGAACAGGGAUUUUGAUGUUUUUACUGAAUCUACUAACUAUAAGACUGAGGCCGAGACAUUUGGUGAUAGUUUUGUGUUCACACUAUUCCUCAAUAGCACAUUUAAGGAAAAACUUAAGGAUUUCCGUGUGAUGCAGGCACCUUGGUGGUAUAAAGUUGAUGGUACAAACUGGAGACAUCCCUAUGGACCUGAUUCUGAUAUAACAGAUUUGAUGGACCAUCCAGUAAUCCAUGUAUCUUGGAAUGAUGCUACUGCAUACUGCAAAUGGAGGGAUGCACGUUUACCUUCCGAAGUAGAAUGGGAAGCUGCAUGUAGAGGCGGUAAACAAAAUAUAACAUACCCAUGGGGUGAUAAGUUAUACCCAAACAAGAAGCAUUUGACAAAUAUAUGGCAGGGCACAUUCCCAAACCACAAUUCAGUUAAGGAUGGCUACAUUGGCACCAAUCCAGUGCACUUAUUCCCUCAGAAUGAUUUAGGCCUCUGCAACAUUGCUGGAAAUGUAUGGGAGUGGACAAAAGAUUCUUGGUCAGAAGACAAUAUUAAAGAAAAGGUAAAGAAAGGGGGUUCAUAUUUAUGUCAUCGUUCAUACUGUUACCGGUAUCGAUGUUCCGCCAGAUCACACAAUACAGAUGAUAGUUCUGCUGGUAAUUUAGGUUUCCGUUGUGCUAAAACUGCCUGAAAUCUCUGUCCAUAGGUAUUAAAACAUUUUUAUACGAAUUUCUAUGUACGUUAGUACUUAACUAGAUCCGUUUUUUUUGGAUAAAUGUGAAAACCUCGCAUGUACGUAAGUGUCUAAUUUUUUGUAAGUUAUUGCUGGUUGUUAUAAAAAUAUUAUUGUGUUUAGUCUUCGAUG